GUGAUUGAAUAAUAUCCAAAACCCAAGGUAGGAAUAAUCUUUCCGCCAUCUUGAAAUUUAUAAGUUAGUUUUGCGAUUGUGUUUAUAGGUUAGUUUACUUUGUUUGGUGUUAUUGUUUACUUGGUUACUCUUAGUUCAGUUUUGUUGGAGUUCGAAAUUACUUGAGUAAUAGUUACGAGAAGAGCUGUGUGUGUGUGAAAUGUUCCAGCUCUGUUUUAUCCGUGUGUGUAUAUGUGUAUGUAAUCAAUCAUUAUAAAGUUAAAACCUUUAUAUUUUAGAUGAAGUAUCAAAACAAUAAACUUUGUAGUAUUGCAAUUGCAUUAACCAGAAGUGAUUGUGUAUGGUCUUCAUAAUAUUAUGUCAAAAAUCCAACAUUACUUCAUCAUCAAGAUUAAUUAUGUGUAGCCUAUUAAUAAGCCUAAAUAAAAAUACUGGCAUAACAAUAUUUAGGGAUAAGUUAAUAGGAUGUAAGUAGGUUCUACUAAAAUGUCAUUUCCCCAAAAAUUAAAUCUAUAAUUAAUUGGCAUAAUAUUGAAUGUAUAAGGCAUAAUAAUUUAUUUUACAUUAAUAAUGAAACAUGUGAUCAAGAAUAAUAUAAAGAUUAAAUAGCACAGUAAUAGCCUUGAAAUAUGUUAUGGCUUGUAUUAUUCAUAAUAGGCAUUUAUAGCUUAGCUAACAAAAUUUAUGCCUGAAUAAUAUUGUUCAAACAUUUCUUAAAAUGAACAGAGACGUAUUAUGUAUUAUAAAAUUUGCCCGUACAGGAUCUAGGAAAUAUUUGUUUUACAUGAUAUCAAAACAUUACAAAUAUUAGAAACAACUUCAAUACAUAUAUACAAACAAGCCUUAACUUAUAUGAAUGUCUAGUGUAUCAGACUAUUCAAGUGAAAAGCUUUAUAUUUUUUAUUUUUAUUGGCUACCAGACUACAAAAUCUAAUAUAAAGUGACAAUCUUGUUAAAAGGACACAGGGAAGAAUUGUUUUUGUAAAUCAAAUAUAAUGCCAUUGACAAAUUUCUAUUAUUGUCAGUUUUCUUGAGAUCCUGAGUUGUUUAUUAUUUGAACUGUAAAAUAUACUCAGCAUGAGUUCUUCAGUAGUCAAAGUUGAGGAAACAAAACCAGUAAAUGAAAAAGAAGUAAUUCCCGCAAAAAACGUGAUUUUAAAAGAAUCUGGAGGCUGGGAUACUUUGGGACGUUUGUCUACAUUGAAACGGAAUCUGAAGACAUUAUCUGCUCACACUUCUAGAAAGCCUGUUGAUGAUAUUAAAGAUAAAAAUGAGCCUUCACGAUUCCUGGGAGAAGGGGUGAGCUACAAGGCGAAGCUGAUUGGAAUCCUGGAAGUGUCAGAUCCACGGGGGGACCGGAUGUGCCAAGAGGCACUGGCAGAUCUGAAGAUGGCAAUACGGGCGGCGGGGGAACACAAACAGCGGAUCACCAUCAACAUUGCCAUUGAUGGGUUGCGGCUGCGAGACGAUAAGACUGGUGACUGCUUGUACCACCAUCCUGUACACAAGAUUUCCUUCAUAGCACAGGAUAUGUCAGAUUCCCGAGCCUUUGGAUACAUAUUUGGCUCUCCCGAUACUGGCCAUCGCUUCUUCGGCAUCAAGACUGAUAAAGCAGCUAGCCAGGUUGUGAUUUCAAUGAGGGACUUAUUCCAAGUUGUUUUUGAGCUGAAGAAGAAGGAAAUAGAAAUGGCUAAACAGCACAUAGAACAACACCAGAUCAAGUAUGGGAUGGGUAUAUACGGAGACACCUCAAAGACUCCAUCGGACUCUGUGGCAGCUUCCAGUAAAUUGCGCCCAAUAACUGAAGAUAGUGGGAAGGACAACACUUCCAAGUCUUCCUCCGCUCCUCCCGAGGCCAUCGCGGACUUGCUGGAUUUAGAAUUCGAGUUGAACAACAUCCAACAGGGGCUAAACCAAAUGGAGCGAAUAACCCCUUCGGACCCAUUUGGGGACUCAUUCGCGCCCCCCUCCUCUGCCAAACUGGCUCCUCCUCCCACAAAAACCAUACCCUCGCCUAAAGAGCGACACUGGCUCGAGCGUGACAGUCAGUCAGCCGAGACCCCCCCACCCCCCACCAAGCCUGACAAGGAACAACAUUGGUUCGACCGGGAGACGGAGGCAUUGUUCGACGAUGGUGAACUGCCCUCCUCCCCCCUCUCGGCCCCCCCUCCACAGACAUCCACCACCAACUCGACACAACCCACCAAGGUAGUACUAAAGGAGGAGGCUGACCUAGAACCGAACAACAAGACACGAGACCAGUUUGAUGUCUUUACAGAACUAGAUCCAUUAGGUACUGGGAAAAUAAAACCUUACAUCGAUAAGAAGGAUUUCUUCCAGGAAUUGAAGAACCCGCCAAAGAAAGUAUUAAAGGAUUUGGUUGGAGAACUGCCUAAGGAGAACAAUCCUCCACUUUUUCAGGCCAAUUUUGAAAAUAAUUCUGAAGUUGUUGAAAAGCCAUCGAAGGAGUCAGUAUUUCCAGCACCUGCAGCCACUGAUCCAUUUGGUGAUGAUCCUUUUGACAAAACUGAUCCAUUUGUUGAUAGUGAUUUCUCUCAUUCUGUUGGUUUUGCAGUAGUACCUAGCAUGAACCAGGACCCAUUUGACACUUGUUUUGCAGAUUUCACAAAUUUUUCAGACCAGUCUGAUUUUAAUGCAACGAAUUCUUUUGAAACACCAAUCAGAAAAUCUCCUCAACCGUCGGAAGGAAGUCCUCCUGUUCAUGGUCCUCUUCGGGUCUCUCUUCCUCCAGAAAAGCAAAGUGAACCUCUCGAGCACGGUUCUCCAAAGCUUUCACCUAGCCCUCCUUCAUCGAGGAAUAGAAAUAAAUACUCUAGGCUUCACAAACAGAACAUACUAUCUGGCUUAGUCAAACUCCCCAGUCCUAAACAAAAGGCAAGAUCACGCAUCAUCAAACAAAACACCCUAGACUCAACAUAUGAUCGAAGCUCACCAGUUAUGGAAGGGGUAACAUUAAAAAAUAGAGGACUUGAGACUCCUUCACCACCGAAUGUAUCAUUUCUGGGAGAUCUUGCCCCUGAACCCCCUCCCAGACCUGCAGUAACCAGUACGUUGAUUAAACCCCCACCUCUACCUCCCAAACGUCAAUUACAGACAGCUGUGAUGAAACCCCCUCCGAGACCACCUCAUACAGACGAACAUCCACACUAUGAUUACAUUGAAAACUGUGAGAGUUCAGGAGAAAUGCCAUCUGACGUGAAAAGUCCUCCCAUUCCUGUACCUGCACGACGACCGCGGUUUGGAGGGGAUGAAAUAUCAGCUCCCCAUAGGCCUUCAAAAACUAAUAUUCCUUCCCACUCAGAACCUGAGUAUUAUCUUACACCAUUUCCCUUACUUCCUCCUCCCCAGAAAAAAAGUUUAUCUCCAAAGAACUCAAUAUCUAGAGAUUCUUCGGUUUCUCCCAGACCAACGCCAAACAAUGCUGUUAGCUCACUGGAUAUAACACUUAGUCAGUUAAGUAAAACUGGGUUUAGUGAUCUAGCUGCCACUUUGAACAUGUCUCCUACCAGUUUAUCCAAAAUGACACUCCAGGAAUUGACUAAGUGUUUACAAAAUUUAUCUGAAGUUCAGAAAAAUGAUCCUUCUACUGAAGAAUUUAUUCAAGAUGGUGAUAAAAUUAGGAAAAAUGUUUUGAAGAGUGAGCAGUAUUCUGCACUUAGAGAAUCAAUUGAUGAAGAUACUCCUCCAUUUAAAGCUGAAUUUGAAUCUCAUUUUAAUCCUACUUUUGAAAAUAAGGUAAGUACAAAAGAAGAGGAAUCUUUAUUUGACAAAUAUGCUGUUUUCCGUGAACUUUUAGAACAAGAAAAAACCAUAUUUGACAGUCCUCUUGAACUUUCCACUGUAGAAGAAACUGUGACUUCUAACAAAUACAAUUCAGAAUCAACAAUUCCAGAAAGCAGUGAUAGUAUAAUUAACAAUGACUCAAAUGAAGAAGUAAAAAUGCCUGAACCUCUUUCAAAGCCAACAGUAGAUAGAUAUGCAGCAUUGAGAGAUAUUUGUCUUGAUGAUUUAACUGGUUCAAAGGAUACAGACAAAGAAGAAACAGAACCACUUAGUGAUAAAGAUGAUAGCAUAGCAGAAGUAACAAGAUUUGAAGAUGAACUUGAUACUUUGACAAUGUCCAGACCUCACAGUGAAAGCACAGAUUCACCAACAGCAACUAUUAAGGAGACACAGUCUAUCAUGGAGUCUACAAUAAUGGAAGAAGAUGCUAAUGCUUUAGAUGAUGAAGAAGCUUGUGAAGAAGUACAUGGUGAUUUGGGAUCAACAUUACCAACAGUGGCAGAAUCAAAUGAGAGUAUUGCUGCAUCAGAUUCUCCAGUUCAAUCAGUACCAGUAAAAGAACCUAGUGUUAGUUCAUUGCAGUCAUUAAAGGGAGAAAAUUUAACAAAUAAUAGUAAAGAUAAAGAAGUUGAUUUUAACAGUUUAACUGAAGGAUGGGCAAAAUUCGACAAUGGUAUUACAGAAAUUGAGAAGUCAGGUAGUGUACAUAGUGAAGGUAAUGUCUCCCCUUGGUCAGUUGACAGUAAAGAUACAUCAAAAGAGCCUUAUUCUCCAGCUUGGCAUGAACAGCCAGAAAGAAAAUCAAGAAAGGGAAGACGUCAUAAAGUGCCACCAGCAAGUGAUUGGCAGGAGGAUGAGGAAUCAGAGGAGGGCUGGGAUAGCAGGCGAAGUCGCAAUGCUUCAUGGGAUGAACCUCCACGAAGAGAGAAUGGUUGGAGUGAUGGUGAUUCGUUAUGUGACGACACUCCUCCUUAUGAUUUCAAACAUCAUCCUCAAUAUCCUAACCAACGUCGAGGAAGACGGCGAAAAGUCUCUCCAUGGAGGAAAUCAUCCAGAGACCCUUCUUCUUGGGAAGAGGAUGACAGGGAUCUGAGCGAAGAUCAAUGGGAGGAAAAGCGGUGGGAAGAAACCUCUUGGCAAACAAGACCAAAACACAGGGGUUCUUCCUGGGAAGAGGAGAGGCGAAGGGAUGAUUUAAGAAGGGAUGAUAUGAGAAGAGAAGAAUCAAGGAGAGACGACUCAAGAAGAGAUGAAUCCAGAAGGGAAGAUUCUCGAAGAGAUGAUCCUAGAAGAGACGAUUCCAGAAGAGACGACUCCAGAAGAGAUGACUCCCGAAGAGACGACUCGAGGAAAAGAAGACCGUCACCCUGGAGUACAGAAGGUGAAAGAAGAAGCAGUAGAGAAUCAUUAACUUGGGAGGAUGAUGAAAGAUAUCCUCGUAGAAAUUACCGUGACAGAAGGCGGAGAAGGUGGGAAGAUGGUAACUACUCAAGAAGAGAUUGGCGAGAUCGUGAACAAGGAAGAAGGAACUACCAGUAUUAUAGGGACCGAUCACAUGAAUCACCAUGGGAAGAUGAAUUUAGUGAGCAAGGAGAUGAGGAUUCUCCAAGAUGUCAAACAAGGAAACAGAUGUGGUGUCGAUCAAGAAACAGUGAGGACGAACAGUAUGACCGUAGAUAUGUCAGGCCUUCAAGCAGGGAAGAACAGAAUGUAGGAGAUCCAGAUACACAUUGGGCUAGAAAAUCUCAGACUCUUCAAACACGAUCACGAGUUAAUCGAAACAAAAAAAGAAGUCAAAAUUCACCUUUUGAAGAUGAUUUUACAUCACAAAAUUUUGUCUUUGCAAGUGAAAAGAGCCCAGGAGCUGGAUCUGACUUCUCUGACUAUGGAAGUAAAGCCGUCCUACAAAAACCUCAAUCAUCUCCAGAUGAAGUUUUUAAAAGAAAAGAAGGAUUUUCUGAUGGUGCAGAUUUCAGCCCUCAAGAUGGAAAAGUGUUGACACCGAGAAGUCGUCAAUCUCCGUUUGAGGAUGAUUUCACUCCACCAGAAACUAGACGAGCUAAUGGUAGGAGUAUUUCUAGUGACUUAAGUGAAAAACGAAUACAGUUAGAAGAACAAAAGAAUAGUGAUGAUGUAUUUUUAGGAGAUAGUAAUAAUGAUGUUGUGAACAGGCCGCGAAGUUCAAAGCUCGACAAAAAUGUUUUAGAACUUUCUAUUACAAAAAGAAAAUGUAAAAUAAAUAGUGAUCAAAAUUUAGGUAAAUUAAAGACUGAAUCUGAGAGUUUAAGUGAAGAAUUGGCCAGUAAGCGUUCUAGUGAUAAGAGGCAAGGACCUGAUCUGAAGUCUAGAAUGUGCAAUUUACGUAGGAAUGACUCUUCUUCCAUAAAACCGGAUUCCAUUAAUAUAUUUGCACGUAGCGGUGAUCCAUUCGAUGAUGAUUUCUUUAGCACUGACACAUCUAGUUGUAAUUUAUCAAAAAAUAAAGAUGAGAAAACAAAAAAGAGUGACCCUUUCAAGUGGGCGGAAGCUUUUAGUGCUUUUAAUUUUGACGAAGAGGCCAAAUGAUACCAUGCACACCAAUUCAGUGACACUGUUCCUAUUACUCUUGGAGUGGGGUCAUUCUAUGUGACUACUACUCUCAAAGAGUCACAUAUAGAAUCAAGUUGGUCUUAGUAAUUUUGAGUGUUAUCAUUGUUUUAUAUUUUAUGUAAUUUAUAAUAUUCUCAAAAGAUGUUAAUUUUUCAUCACAAGAUUUGACAAUUAAUAUUGUUUUAUAGUUAUUAUAACUUUUGUGCUUAUAUUAAAGCUUACAAGCUUGUUUUGUAGGAUUGUGAUAUUGUUGAAGUAUUGACAAGAACCACUGUAAUACUCAACACACGUUUAAUUUAGAUUCUAGACAUUUAUUAACAGGCAUUUAUUUACGCUUGAUUAUUGUUUAAUUUUUAAUUUUGUGUAAUACUAAUCUACUAUAGUUUGUUCCAAACACCUUAUGAUGCAUGUCUACAAAUUUGAGUUUUUUAAAUGUUAAUUUGUUGUAUUUUGUAAAACUUUUAUCUCAUUAUAUUUAUAAAUUGUCCAAAAAUGAAGCAUAAAAUCUUUCAGGUAUUAUUAGAACGGUCUUAAAAGAUGAACAAAAUUAUAAAAUAUUAAAGUUGGUUAAAUGUUGUAAAGGUACUGUAGUUUAUAAAGAUAACAAGAUUUUGGACAUAGAAUCGGAAUCUAUCCUUUUUUUAAGUGUCAAAAAACCUUAUUACACUAAGUAAAGCAAGCAAAAAUCAAUAUAUGGCAAUGAACUCGCCAAGUCAAAAUAUUUUAUAUAAGAACUAGUUUUACAUUAAAAAAUAAUUCAAGCAUAUACCUUACGUUCAUAGCAGUACAAAGAAUGACAAACCAUAAAAGUGCACAAUACAGAUGCACUACACAAAACGUGCUGUACACACCAAAGAAUGUGAGAGACUGGGGAAUAAAAUAAUUAUAUUUUAGAUUUUCUAUUCAUUUUUCAAAAUAUUUGUACCCAAAUUGGGCUAAGUUCUACAGAAUACUGACAGCAUUUAAUCUGCUAAGUUUUAGAUGUGAAAUCUCAAUUAUUUUACUUUUGAAGAAGGAUCUAAUCACAGUAUCACGUUGUCUUAAUUCCACAGUGUAGCAUCUGAAAUCCGACACUGUCCCAGACUUGACUUGGAAAUCUGGAGUCCAUCCAUCUGAAGAGAUCCGAAAAGUCAGUGGCGAAAACAUUCAAAACGAUUUCUUUGCAUUGUUUCAACGUCAGAGACACCAACACUACAAAAGUGGUCUGUCUGGUUUACACUGAGUGUAAUCCAGAUAAAGAGGCGUUCUGAUUGUUUCAUCAGGUGCACAAUAUUGAGUGCAUUUUAAUGUUUUAGACAUGAUCCGAAAGUACGGAGGAGCAACUGAGAUUUCCACACAUAACACAUCUAUGUGAACAUAUCUAUGUCUCAGAAGGUCACGCUCAGGGCCCAGAAUGCACUUGGAUAUUCACUGUGUUGCACUGUCCUCACUGAUCGGGCGGCCACGCUACGGGCCUGUUACAUUUUCUCCCACCCAGUUGGAACUCUCUGCUGGGUGUAGUGGCCCGAGUGUAGUGCUGGUUCCUUGCUGCAUGUCUUGCAGUAAUAUCUUGCCCGUUUUCUCCCACCUGGUACUGAUUGAUUACUACACACAGUAGUCUUUCUUCUGUUCCCUUUCCUAAGGAAUAUGAAGUUUUUCACUAAGCCUUCCAUCUUCAUCAAAACUAGCAGGUCUCCCUCUCUUUCUCUGAUUUCUUGUUUCUCUUACAAGUUUUUUAAUCAAUCUUUUUGAACUGAAGAUUAUAUAUUGCUGUCAUUCCAGGGGACCUGUUGUUGUUGUAUAGUAUAAAGGCAUUCACAACACCCACUUCCAACAACCAAAAGAAAAUUUUGUGCCACCACUUAAUUGUUUUCCUUGUAAUUAAAUACGAAGCGAUAAAAUGAUCUACAAAAUCUACACCUUUCAUUGAUUGAUUGUACCUGCAUACAACAGCAGGUUUCUGAACUACCUCUUUAUCUCCGUUUUUAACUGUUCGUCUCACUUCUUCCGUAGAUGAAUCAUAGUGAUAGUCCCUUUUACAAUUUUCUUCUUCUUCUUUACUUCUACAGGUAAACCCUUUCUAUUCCCAUCAAUGGUUUGUGUUAGAUUUUUUUUUAAUUAGCUCAGGGGCAAGUUUAACACUAAAAUAAUACCUUUCACAAAACACACGAAAUCCUUCUAUGCUUCCAUGUGUUUUUGAGGUUUUCUAACAAUGUUGACACGAUUUUUUGUCAUCAGAAAAUCAGGCUGAUUGACAAGAAAGUUAGUUGAAGCCGCACCCCAGUAAGGUGCAAAUAUUUGCAGAAUCAAUGAGGACAAGUACUUUAAUUCCCCACUUUUGGAGCUUGUCCUUGUUUUAUACUUUAAAAAUUAUCUUUCCUUUGAUGCCUACUGUGCUUUCAUCAAUACUAAUUUUAUUUCUAAGACAGUAAUAUUCUCUAAACUUGUUUUCCAAGUAUAAAACCACAUUUUAUACCUCGGGAGAAUGUGAAUGAACGCUUAAAUCAUUUUAAUCCGUUGGAGGGCACAAAUUUAGGUUCAAAAAAUUUGUAAAAUCCUCUCUUGAGAAUGUUUUACAUGAAGUGUUAUAUCCUUCUAAGACUGCCAUACUCCAAACUGUGUGUAAGUAAAAUAAGGACGCAAACCUAGAGUUUCAUUAUCUGCGUUUAUUUAACUGUGCUUUAAUUUUAAAUAUUUAAGUGUUUAUAGACUUUUAGGAAACCCAGUAUAGUACAUGCGAUGGUGUAAAGUGGUCGAUAAAGCCUAUCAUAACAGUCAGUGCAACAUUAGAACCCUAAAUAUUCUUAGGCAUUGUUUCAAAUCAUACAAGAAAAGACCUAAUGUAAAAAUAUAAAAUUGCUCAACAUUGUGGAAAAAUUAUUACAUGAACUGGGGUGAAGACUACAUAAUACACUGUAAAGAGAUUUACAUUUUAUUGCACAGUCUUUUGGUUUUCGUUGCUUCUAACUACCUUAGAUUCGGAUUUUUAUUUACUAAAAGAAAUUUCAAGUUAAUGAUCAAGGUACAUUAAUAUGUUAAUUAAUGUUAAAAGUCAACCAAAUUACUAAACAUUUCAUUAUUCUAAAGUCCAUAAUACGAGGUGUAGCUAGAAAAUAACCAAACUGAUGUUAAAAACAAAUUUUACUUGCAGAUAUUUACAAUUGUAUGUUAUCCCCUUCAAUGUACUCUCCCUCCUCGAUAUCCACACCGCUCCAUGCGAAUUUUCCACUAUGCGUAAUAACGCUGCAUAUAAUUUUCCGUAACCCUAUUCAUGAUUUCCGUCGCUUUUUUUUACAGCUUCAACAGUUUCAAAUCUCGUUCCUUUCAAAGCUGACUUAACUCUAGGGAAUCAAAAAAGUCAUAGGGGCUAAAUCAGGUGAAAAGAGUGCAUGAUCUAAGACGGGAAUGUUGUGUUUGGCCAAAAACGUCAGAGAAAUUUGAUGUUCACAUGUUGUUCAUUCUGGAUACUCAAAAUUUUUCCAACACAGAGAUAAAAGAUUAACUGCAUAUAACUGGCGGAUUAAUUAUGAGAGCCAGACAAAACAAUAGGAGGAAUGGGAAGGGGAGUCAUGUGACUGACCGUACAAUAUUCAUCCUUAUUGCAUUCGUUCUGUGGCUCAGACAGUACAAAUCCGGUUAUUUUAUAUCCACACCUCCUACUAUAGUAGUCAAUAGUACACAAUGGUAGUCCUCAUGCAGCAGUGGGGAUUUCAAUGGCCAUCUAAACAAUAUCAUAAGUGUCAGUCUCUGAAUUAGGAGAUGGCAUCAAUGCAGUGUAGAGGUUUACACUAUUGUAAAUUACAUGUUCUAAAAAAAUGGAAGUUGGUAGCAAUGGAUAUCAAUGGUCAAUGUUUCGUAAUGGAUAUAAAAUAGUUUUAUAUUUUUGGAAAAUGUUAGAAUUUCUUUUUAAAAGAGUAAGAGCUUCCAAAAUAAAUAUUGAAAUGAAAGUCAAUAGAUUAUUGAGUAAAUUCUCAGGUUUAUGCUUCAGUUGUUUUGAAAUAAAUUUGCUCUGUUUCAAAAUUGACUUUGGCGAGUUCUACCACUAUAUAUUUAUUUUUGUAACAAAUAACGAUUGCAAAUGUCUGAAAUCCUGCUGUACUUUCAAAUAGUCUAUCGUCAAUAAUAAAUUUUAAACAAAUUACUGUGGUAUAUUAACUUUUCAACAGAGAGUUUUUAGAAGACUUGUAUAUAUAUAUAUAAAAUUUUUAACACAUUCUAUGUGUUUAUAAAAUAGAUCUAGCUAAAUUUUAAUGUGAGACUUUUUACUGUAUCAGUGGAAAGGAUUGUUAAAAUUGUAUAAAACCCAAGUUAACUAGAACCAUUUUGUAUCUGAUAUUCAAAUUGUAUAUUAAUUAAUUACUUUAGAGUUAAUAUAAAAAUAUUUUUGUCAACUCACUUAUUACUACAGUGAGCCUAUCAUAGUAUCUGGAGUGUUAAAUAACUGACACCAAAACAUUAGAGAAAGUGCUACAUUUGUUAGGUAUUCAAAUUCCACCAUGAGUUUGUAUUACUCUAAUCUAAAAAUAGUCACAAUUAUUGUACUUUUUCUCUAAUUAGAUUUCUUUUGAAAAAAUCUCUUGCCAGCUGAACAUAAAAUAUUGUCAGUGUGUUUUUAUAAAACAAGUUACAUUGUUAUAUUUUAAAAUACUUCAAGGUAUUUUUCAAAAGUUCUCUCUGAAUCUCAAUUAUCUAUAUAAUGACCAGUGUUGUCACGCAAUUAAAUAUGAAAAAACAGUAGGAUCAACUUACUUUGCUUUUAUAUUAUGUAGUUUUUGAACAAGUAAGUAUUAACUAUAUACAGAACAAAUAUUUUAUGAAAGGUGGUGACUUCAGCUCUUUAUCUUGUUGUCUAACGAUAAUACAGCUGUUAUUUAUGUGUAUGACUGUCGGUUUCAAUUGUGUCAAGCUAAGAAAAAUAUGAUCUGGGAUAAAAUUAUUUAUUUUAUAUGUAUUAUACUUUUGAUAGCUUAACAUUUCAACCUCCACCAAAACCAGUGCUACUCAUGAUCAAUUUCGUUCUUAAGAGAAAUUCCUCUAUCAAUUUCAAGAAAAACUAGGUCAUGUGGUUACAAGGUAUGCUAAGCACACCACAAGCACCACACACCAUUGCAACGGAUCAUGACAGUCAUAGAGCAGUUCCCGAAUAACAGUUUCAUUGCAACAGAAUCCCAUAUUCACUUCUUUACAUCUCGUCACUUUGCAUUUACCGGAUUUGUUUCAUAGCAAUAUAAUUAGUUAGGACAUUUCAAUUAUCAGUCAGUGAUUGAAAAUCUAAUAAUCUUUACAAACAUAUGAAAUUUUAAUAUUUUUAUAAUGCAUAAACCAGGAAAAGUAUUAAAACAUUUUUAACACUAAACAUUUAAAAUUAUAGGUAAAUAAAAAUGAUUUAAACAUUGUUAUAGAUUUUAAAUAUGCUGAAUAGAAAUAAAAUAUCCAGUGCGAUUGAAUUAUGAGGAGGGGUAAACCCAAGAAUAAUAAAUACAGCCUCUCUGAAUUUGUUGCAAUGUAUAGUGUCAUGGUUAUCUCAUCAUCUCAUAACCAGUAUUAACCAGUCUAGAAUCUGUUGCAGCAGCAAUCAUAAGGUUAUGUCGUUGUGAGUUCCAAUGGAAACAACCUACCUCUAUGUGUAGCAACGAUCGUGUUGUGCGAUAGUUCCAGUGAAACUGGACAGAAGUGUUGUAGAAUUCCCAGAAACUGACAAGUCUGAGAAUGUAAGACAUAUUUUUUAGGUACACAGAAGGUAUAAAAUACAUGUUAAUCACUUAAGUUGGUUUUCAAAUGUGUUUAUAGUUAGCCUAUUCCAACAAUACCAUUGCUUAAAGAGCUUAAAGAUGUCAAAUUGGUCUGAUAUUUAUACAAAUAUGCCCAACAAUUGUAACUAAAACACUGUCCUUUUUAAUGUUAUUAAGUACUUGUGAUGUUAUUAACUCCACAUUACAGGGCUACCAUUAUAUUAGUAUAAUAAAUAAUAGUCACCUAAAACCCUUUUGACUAUUUAUUAUACUAAAUGUGUGUGAUAUAGCAAUUUUUCAGGUAUAGAUAAGAAAUUUGUGGCCAAAAGUAAGUUCAGUUAGCAUGAUGGAACAUAUUUAUUCAGCAAACCAUCGUCUGGUGAUCAGCUAAAGCUUUAUCAUCCAAGUUCUUCAAAGUCCCUCUUCUUUGUUUCAAGUCCCUUUCUUGGUCUAAAAUCCUCCUGCUUCAUUAAGUGAUUUUUGAAAGGAAAAUUGAGAUAAUGAGAAAUAUUGUUCUUUUAUAACUUUCUGGGGAAGAGUUGUAACAAAUCCUGAUUUAGCCUUCCAAAUAUUACUGAAAAGUUUCCUGAAAUUCCUCCACUUCAUGUUCUGUGACAUCCAACAGUAAAGCAAUGAUGAGUAUUGCAAAGUAACAAAUAGUGAUUACAGAAUACUAAUCAAUUUGUCGAACACAAGACUAGUGAUUUUUAAUUGAAUAUUAAACCAUCCAGAAUCGUACAUUACUUAAUUUUUAAAAUUGGCUGUUGUUACAUUAAUUAAUCACACAUUAUUGCAUUACUUAAUUUCACAACUCAGACAUUCAUUAUUAUCAGAUAUUACAAAAUAACAUGUAUAUCAUUAUAACAUUGUGUUAUUUGAUAGUCGUAUUCAAAUUCUUCAUUGUCAAAAAGAUAACUAUUGAACAAACAACUCAUUUGGAAUAUUUGAUCAAAGCUGAUGUUACUGUUUGUAACAGGUGUAUCCAGCUAACAUUUAUCUCAGUAAUGUUAAUGUAAGGAACAUUUUCUAAGAAACUACUGGGUAUACUUAAUUGAUAUUUUACCCCAUACCAACCAACUUUGGUACAUAUGCAGUUUUUUGGUAAUAGUCAGUAUUACUAAAUGGCUGAAAAAAUACAUUUUUUCUUUUAUUGUUUUGAAAUUUUUAUUUUGGAUAUUGUUUUUGUUGUACAUUACAAAUAUAUUUUUAAGCUAUACAAAACAAAUCAGCUUAUGUGAGAAGGUGUUCUACAUAUUGUGUAAAAAUUUCAAUCAGUAUCUUAAGUAAUUUUUGAGAUAAUGUUCUUUUUUGGAUGAAUUUUUUGUAAAAAAACCCAUUUACUUAAUUAUAGUACUUUUAUUGAUUAUACUUAAUACAUUCCACUCUGAUAAGCAGGAUUUUCUUCUCCAAGUUUUCUCUUCUGAAGCCUUUCCUGCCUUCUUGCUACUCUUAAAAAGUUUGAAAUGAAUUUUCCACAAUAAUGGAUGCCUUCAGAGCUCAGUAAUUUCAUAGCACACCUGGGUGCCAUUGCAUGCAAAACUCUGCAUUUUGUUACAUGUCUGUUAUAACUGGCCACUGCCUCAUAUACUCUCCAAAGUUCUAAUUGCAAUAAAAAUUGUUUUUUUUUUUGGACCCUUGCUCAUAUACGCUUUUUACAUUCACAUUUUGGGUUGUCACAGAUUUGUUUUACUAAAUCUGAAUGUUUACGGUGUCAAUCAAUGGAAUGAUGACAGCUGAUAUUCAAUAAGCAUUCAUGCCUGCUGACCAAACACUCAAUCAUAAGACUAAGGUAAAAGAGUGUUUAUAUAAUAAAGUGUAUACAGCAUACUAUUUGUUUUUAGGAGAUAAAAUAUGUCCGUGCAACAAGAUUUUUUUUAACAUGAGGCAUGAGGUAAGAAAAACUACGUAUUAUAAUUAUAUCAACAGACUCAGAAAAAUUUGUAGUUUCAUAAAAUGUAAUAAAAAAUAUUAGUAAAAGAAUUUUUUACCAUUCCAGAUCCCCUUAAUACCUUAACUGCUGGUCCAUACUUAGCCUGACACACUAGUACACUUAGUAUACCACAGUCAGGUGUUAGUAGCUCUCUUGUUAUUAUACCAGACAUACCUCAUUCGAGAUAGAAACAUGUUUUCAAUUGCAUUUUGUAUUUCAAUUAUGUGCAUUUUAAAGAAAACGUACUCAUCGUUUACUUGUUACAGAUUUAGUAUUAUCCGUAAUUGUUCAGUAAUAACAUUGAAUUUCCCAGAUUGUGUUUUAUUAAUUUUCAAGUAAUCUACAUUACAAAUAGGAAUGUAUACAUAAUUUUGUUAUUUUAUAUUGUUAUAUUCCCCUUAAAAUGAUAAUUAUUGUUGUCAAUUUAUUUAAUUUAUUUCCAUAUUUAUAUAUUUUUGCAUGAUAUUUAUAAAAUUGUCAUUGUUUGAAGAAAUAUUCUCUAGAAGCAAUGAAAUAAUUGUUCAGUGUUAAAAUACUCGUUAAUUUGUAAAAAUGUAUAAAGGUUGAGAUUCAGUAAUAAUCGCAUAUCAUCUUGAUAAUCUUGUUAACAUCCUAUCGUGUUAUAUAUUUAUAUUCAUUUAGUUAUUACCUUUUAUGAUAUAUUUAAUUAUUUGUUUCUAAUUCCUUUCCUUCAUUAUUUUUGUCAAGCUUUUGAAGGUCUUUGUGCUGUGAUAUGUCAUAAACACCUUUAUAUUUUAUUAUUCUUCUAAGAUCUUUGUUAUAUGUUGUUACUACAAGUAUUAAAAUGGUAUGUUUUUUUUACUGAUUUGUUUAACAAUUUUGCUGGCAAACUGUUCUUUUUUUAUAAAAUGUAAAGCUUGCUCAACAUUUUAAAUUCUAUAGAUUAAAUGAUGUUAAUUACUUAUUAUUAUUGUUAAAUUUUGUUGAAAUAUUUAUUUUAAAUAAUCAUAUAGACACUAUCCAUAAAUUUCAUACACUCCUGGAUAAAAUAAAUGCAUUGGUUUUAAUUGAAAAAUAUUAAUUUAAAGUGCAUACCUAAGUUAUAUUCCUUCGGAUUGUCAUACUAAGAUUUUUAAUAUAGUCUAUAAAAUAUAGAUAAUGAAAUAUAAAGUUAUAGUAGGGUCCUAAUAUGAGCUUCUGUGUUAACAAGCUCUUUAGUACUUGUCACGUUUGGACUUAAAGCACCAUUCACUCUUCAGCUUUAUUAGCAAAUUGGUAGAAGAAUGAAACUAAAUGAAUGUAGAAUAUUGGUCUUGGACCUUCAAGACUAACCUUACAAUUUUACUAACCUCAAUACCAAAUGUUGAUGCUUUUAGAAAGUUUGUUCUUUAAUAUACAGGAGUUUACAUCAUUACAUGUAUUGUACUGUAUUUAGUGUGUGUUGGUUCAAUUACAUAUGACCAUUAGUAUGUAAGUUUGUUGUUUCUAGUGGAAGAAGAGGUACAUUGGCAGAAACAAUGCUGGAAUAUAGGAAAUUUUAUUGGAUAUCUUGAUUAUAUAUUUAUUGUUUAAACAUUGUUAUUGCUUCAUUUAUUAACUUAGUUUUAUACUUGUGAUGAUCACAGUCUUGUUUACUUCUUAAGAUUCUCAUGUUGUAAGAAAGACAAGUAUAUCUCAAAGUAAUUGCAUAAAAUAGUGUUUAUUUUUUCCAGGAGUGUAGUUUUGUUUUUAAGAGCAAUAAACUUGAAAUUAACAACUGUACACUAGGGGUCACAUCAAUAUUGUUUAAUAGAAUCAUGUUGGUAUUUGUGGUUUAACAAAUUACAAAAAAAUUAAAACUAUUUUACAAUUAUAUGACACAUUAAUGUUUGAUACUAACUAAAGUAAAGGUGUGACAGGAGAAGUAUUGUACUAAACAUAUGGCACAGUACAAAACAUCUUUCCCCGUUGUAUUUAUUUUUUUACUCUCUAAAUGUAUUGAAAUUUUGAAGAAACCAAAACGUCAUACCCUUUCAGACUUAAUACCCUCAUAAAUGUAACGUAAGAAAAUGUAUAAAACUGAAAUAUAGUCUGUAAAUUGUUAAUCACUGUGAAUUAAUGUAUUUUAUAUGAUUAUUUAUAUUUAUGUUUUAAUAUAAAUAAUGUAAAUAUUAAA